AUGGCGAAACUAUUAGCUUUCUUUUGCCUCUUCUCCUACAUCAUUGUCUUGUUCUUGUAUUCAGUCUCAGCAGUCAUAGAUGAUAACCAAGACCAACAGGUGUAUAUCGUCUACAUGGGUGCACUUCCAUCUAGCGACUACACUCCAAUGUCCGAUCACAUGAAUAUUCUUCAAGGAAUCACCGGAGAGAGUUCCAACGAAGGUCGUUUGGUGAGAAGUUACAAGAGGAGUUUCAACGGGUUCGCCGCCCGACUCACUCGUUCAGAACGAGAAAGAAUAGCCAAUAUGGAAGGAGUCGUGUCUGUAUUUCCUAACAAAAAUCUACAGCUCCAAACAACGACCUCUUGGGACUUCAUGGGGCUAAAGGAAGGAAAGUCAAUGAACAGGAACCUGGCCGUGGAGAGUAACACCAUUGUUGGAGUCAUCGACGGUGGGAUCACUCCGGAAUCUGAAAGCUUUUCCGACAAAGGCUUUGGUCCUCCUCCUCAAAAAUGGAAAGGUGUUUGCUCCGGUGGCAUAAACUUCACGUGCAACAACAAGCUGAUUGGUGCAAGGGACUACACAAGCGAAGGAUGUAGGGACACUGUUGGACAUGGUACACAUACAUCGUCCACGAUAGCUGGAAACGCUAUCGAAAACGCAAGCUUUUAUGGACUAGGCAAUGGAACCAUGAGAGGAGGCGUGCCGGCCUCAAGAAUUGUCAGUUACAAAGUUUGCACUUGGUUAGGGUGUAGCUCCGAUAGUAUAUUGUCUGCUUUUGAUGAUGCGAUUGCAGAUGGUGUAGAUAUUAUCAGCAUCUCCGCUAAUUUAGAAUACCCCUCACCAUUUGAAGAGGAUCCUGUCGCUAUUGGGGCUUUUCACGCUAUAGCCAAAGGGAUUCUCACUGUGAAUUCAGCAGGUAACAGCGGUCCGGAACCGCAAACGCUAGAGAGUGUAGCUCCAUGGAUCCUCACGGUUGCUGCCAGUAACACCAACCGUGCGUUUUUCACGAAAGUUGUUCUCGGUAACGGUAAAACACUUGUCGGAAAGUCAGUGAAUACGUUUGAUUUGAAUGAAAAAAUGUAUCCUCUUGUGUACGGAAAAUUUGCUGUUAAUUCGUCUGCAUGCAGCGUGGAAUCGGCAGAGAAAUGUGAAGAAGGGUGUCUUCAAGAAUCCCUAGUGAAAGGAAAAAUAGUGGUUUGCAAUUUCACGGAUUCACUUGAAGCUCUUGCAAAUGGAGCCGUUGCAGGCAUAACUCUCAACCGUACACCAAACGUUGCCUUCGUUACUUCUUUUCCCCUCUCUGCUUUGUCACAAGAAGACUUAAAUUCUCUUGUUUCUUACAUUAAGUCCGAAAGUUCUCCAGUGGCUACUGUUCUAAGAACUGAGGAAAGUUUUAGUGAGAAAGCUCCAGUAGUUGCUGCCUUCUCUUCUCGUGGCCCAAACACCAUCGCAACUGAUAUUCUCAAGCCGGAUAUAUCAGCACCAGGAGUUGAGAUCCUCGCUGCAUUUUCACCUGAGAUUUCUCCAUCCUCAAGUGUAUAUGACACAAGACGUGUGAAGUACUCUGUUCUCUCCGGAACUUCAAUGUCUUGUCCACAUCUUACAGGCGUGGCCACGUACAUCAGGUCGUUUCAUCCUCAAUGGUCUCCUUCCAUGAUCAAAUCUGCCAUUAUGACAACCGCUUGGCCAAUGAAUGCUUCUGAAACUGGCUUUGCAUCAACCGAGUUUGCGUAUGGAUCUGGCCAUGUGGACCCAAUAUCUGCUACCAAUCCUGGACUUGUAUAUGAUCUGACUAAAGCAGACUACAUUGACUUCCUUUGCGGCAUGAAGUACAAUGCAACUACAGUGAAACUCAUAUCAGGUGAAGCCGUCACUUGCACUGGAGAAACCUUACAAAGAAACCUUAACUAUCCUUCAAUGUCGGUAAAGUUGUCGGGAUCUAAAAGUGUCUUCACCGUGAUUUUUAAAAGAACCGUCACUAACGUGGGUACCCCAAACUCUAUAUACAUAUCAAAAGUUGUUUUAAAUCACGGAUCUAAGCUCAACGUCAAGGUCUUGCCUAGCGCCUUGGCUUUUAAGAAGGUGAAUGAAAAGCAGUCUUUCACGGUAAUUGUUACAGGCAGUGCUCUCGACUCAAAACUGUUUUUGUCUGCAAAUCUAAUAUGGUCUGAUGGGACUCAUAAUGUGAGAAGCCCUAUUGUUGUUUAUAAAAGUAAGUGA